AUGGAUCCUUUUUCAAUUAACUCUCCCGGGUUUGUUAACCUACUAGCUUCCCAGAGCAGUCCAACAAUAGACUUAGGGUGUUCUGAGGUUCCUAAACCGGCGUCAAAGCAAAAGUGGAUAACCAAAGAAGACGUUGUGCUGAUCAGUGCAUGGUUGAACACCAGCAAGGAUCCAAUCGUGAGUAAUGAGCAGAAGGCAGGUCUGCAAGUUUGUGGAGGCCAUGAAGCCGCUGUGAAGGAGCAAGCGAGUGGCCAAAAUGAGAAUGAUGUCAUGAAGGCUGCCCAUGAAAUCUUCUUUAAUGACUAUCAUGUCAAGUUCAGUCUUGAACAUUGUUGGAGGGAGCUUAGGUUUGAUCAAAAAUGGAGAUCACAGUCAUUGUCGAAAGAUGGUGCAAAGGAGAAAAGGAAGGAACCUGCGGAGGAGGUGGCUGCCGAGGAAGAUGUUAGGCCUCCUGGUGUUAAGGCUAGCGAAGCAGCCAAACGCAAGAAGCACGCGAAUGAAGCAGCUUUUGAUCAGAUAGAAAGCAUAUUAGCUGCCAAAAAUAACAUUUCCAAAUAG